AUGAAGCAUCAAAAAGAAUUAACACAGGAAGAUGCUGAGCACCUGCGCGAAUCUGCCGAUUCGAAAGGGUACGGGGACAGCUCCAAAGGACCGAAAAGCCCACGAAUGGAAUCGCUUGACAGCAAAGUUCAGCAGCUGACCCGCAGAGCAGACUUUUUCGCAUCUCGCGCGAGGUAUGCAGAAGCACUGCCGCUUGUAGAUCAGGCACUUCAUUUAGAACCGAAUCGUGCCGAUCUACACCUUGGGAGAGGUCAGUGCUUGAUGCAUUUGGAAAAGUUUGAUGCCGCGCUGGCUAGCUACGAGGCUGCUCUCCGUUUGGAUGCGCAGUGCAUCGCAGCCCAGCGAAGCAAGGCGCUGCUGCUGGCAAAGCAGCAACACUGGCCUGAUGCCAUUAUCUCAUUGCGAGAGGCUUUGAUUCUAGAAUCUUCUAUGGAACUCCGGUUCGAGCUUGCCAGAUGUCUCACGGAGCAUGCGAUCAAACUGAAGGCAGCAGGUCACGCUGAUCUUCAACUUGUUCACGAAGCCAUUCAGGCCUGUGACUCAUAUGCCCCCGCCUAUUUCCAGCUCGGCGUGUACUACUCCGAGGUUCAUGACUGCACAAAGGCCAAAGAGAUGUACAGGAAAGCCGUGCAGCUGCACCCCGGGUAUUUGGAGGCAUUGAACAAUCUGGGCGUGGCUUGCAGGGAGCUUGGAGAGUGGGAGCAUGCCAUUGAAGCUUACGCGAUGGCCCUGAAGGUGAAUCCAAAUUGCAGUAAGACCCGGGAGAACAUGGCCAUCUCCAUGUUGCAACUGGGCUGCCGGCAUCUUCAGUGCAAGGAGCUGAAAGAGGCAGGGAAAGUCCUGAAGCAGGGCCUAACCUUCAACUCCCGGAAUCCGGACAUUUACUUCAAUCUUGGUGUUCUCUAUGCCGAGAGGGAGAAAUACGAUCGAGCCAAGGUCAACUACGAGUUGGCCCUUCAUUUUGAUUCAAGAAACGUGAAUGCCCACAACAACUUGGGCGUGAUCCACAGGCGGCUGGGAAAUGUUGAAGCUGCAAUGAAGUGCUUCGAAAGUGCUUUGGAGGUCGACAGCAAGAUGAAUCUGGCCAACAAGAACUUGGGAGCAAUCUAUGGGUCAAUGGGUCGGAUGGCUGAUGCCAUCCGCCUUACCAAGAUUGCAAUUGAGUCAAAUAGGCAAGAUGCAGAGGCAUACAACAAUCUUGCCCUCCUCCUCCGCGACCAGUGCGAUGUUGAUGCUUGCCUCGAGAAUCUAGACAUUUGCAUUAGUUUGGAGCCAGAGAGCCGCCAUGCCGGCUCAAACCGGCUGAUGACCCUGAAUUACCAGUCGGAGCGGUCAGCUGAGGAAGUCUUUGAGGCUCAUCGAAGCUGGGGCAGCGGCAUCGAAUGCCGAGUGAACCAGGUGUUCAGCUGGGAUGCACCGAGAGCGCACACUGGCAUUCGAGUAGGGUACAUCUCCCCGGACUUCUACUCUCAUUCGGUCUCAUAUUUCAUUCACGCGGCCCUGCAGUAUCAUGAUCCAGCCUUCGUUGAUGUCACCUGUUACAGUGAUGUCUUGCUCGAGGACGACAAAACUAGGCAGUUUAAAGGCAUGGUGCCCAAAUGGAGAACUGUGAUCGGCCGCACAGAUGACGAGGUGGCCAAGCUGAUCCAUGAUGAUGGUAUUGAUAUCCUUGUCGAUUUGACUGGGCACACCGGCAACAAUCGUCUUGGAGUCUUUGCUCGCAAGCCCGCUCCAGUUUGCAUCACCUGGAUUGGGUAUCCGCACACGACGGGUCUCACUCGCAUGGAUUAUAGGAUCUCAGAUGAGCAUGCGGACCCGAAAGAUGCACCAGGUCUUACAACUGAGCGAAUCAUCUACUUGCCGGAAUGCUUUCUUUGCUACACCCCUCCUGAAACUGCGCCAGCAGUGGUGUUGAGGCCAGCACAAGAGUCCUACGGAUGCAUCACAUUUGGUUGUUUCAACAACCUGACCAAAGUCAGCAGCCUCACCAUCAGGCUUUGGAGCAAGCUCUUGCGGGAGGUCCCAGAUUCGCGGCUCUUUGUCAAAUCGAAGGCAUUGGCGUGCCCAAAAGUGCAGGAAAAGAUGAAGGCAGCCUUUGCCGCGCACGGCAUUGAGACCUCGCGCCUGGACCUGACAGGCUUGCAGCCGCAAACUGGAAGCCACCUUCAAAUGUACAGCUUCAUUGAUGUGGCUUUGGACACAGCGCCUUAUGCUGGGACUACCACCACGUGCGAGGCUCUCUAUAUGGGUGUGCCAGUAGUGACCCUCAAAGGGCGGGGCAUUCACGCACAGAAUGUCGGAGCAUCUUUGCUUUCGGCUGUGCAGCUAGAGGAUCUCGUCACGGAUACCGAGGAAGAUUUUGUGAAACAGGCUGCUGCCUGCGCACGCAACCUGCCCCGCCUGGCUGCCUUGCGCGCUGGCUUGCGGACACGCAUGAUGAGGUCCGUGCUUUGCGAUGGCCCUCGCCACGUGGCACGGCUGGAGAGGCUGUAUGCCAAUGUCAUGUCAGAUUCGGCUGCAAGAAGCAAAAGCUCCAUGUUGUCGAAUCUGCAGGAGCAGCCAUUUGCGCUGGCUGCAGAAGUGCAGUGA